AGCAUGCUCCAGUCCAGACCGGACAUCCCCAACACAUCCAGUAAGCCAGAGAGCUAGGGAUCAGUGCAAGGUAGAUUUGACCAGUUUAGCCCAGACAGUCCAUCCAAUUCCUGGAAAUGUUUUUAGUUUUCUAUCACCAGAAGGAAAACAAUCCCGGACUGCCCCAGUGAUCUAACUAUCCCUAAGAGGUCUACAUGAGAGACCAAUCGGCUAUUUUUUUUAAAAAAGAUCACAUCCAGUUUUUGAGCCGAAUGACCCUGGUGGUCCUGAAAUUGUGCCUCUAUCCUGGGCCACGUCUCAUCUUAUCCAUUCUUGAUGAUUUCAUUCGCUUAUUCAUUCCUCUCCAGAGAUCAAAAGGAAAAGCAAACAACCCCACCCCCACCCCCCCAAAAAAACCCACCCUUUUAAAUUCAGGAGGUCCUUCCAACCUAAGGUAUGUUUGGUUGAGAGCCAGCUUUCUGUCCACUAUUUGCUUCGAAUUUGCCAUCUCCUGGGAAGAGAAAUCUAGGCAAGUACAAACGGUGGAUCUGGGGCCAUUUCACCCGUUUCCGUGGUGAGCGUUCCCGAUUUGCCAGGAAGGGUGGCUGGAACUGCAGCAGCACGUCUUCCACUUCAAAAUGCGUAAUCUUUGGUAGCUGAUAAAAAAGAUCUUGUGAACGAACGCCUUGCCUACCCUGGCGGGAAGCAAUAGCGGACAUCGGGGGCUAAGGAGGGGGCCCUGUCGCAAGGCCACUCGGACUUGAAGCGGUUACGAGCCUAGCAGUAGCCCAGAGCAACCCAACAUCUCCCAACGCAGCUCCAGAGAACCUCCAAGACUGGCAGUAGAGGGGCAGGUAGCCCUUAUUGAUCUGCGGGGUGUCCUUCACUUUUUCCAACUGGUCCCGACCCAAGGUGAAGGGCCCAGGCAGAGCGGGGCAUCUCCCCCGUCGCCCAACUCCAGCUGCUGCACUCUGACUCUUCUCUGGGCAUGGGCCAUGGCAUGGGCUCUGGUUUUACUAUGGUCAAGUCCAUCCUGCUCUUCUGUGCCUCCAUAAGUCUGGCCAGCCACUUGGGCUUCUCCCCGAUGCCGACCAGCUCAGCGAAAGAGGAGACCAAUGAUAACAUCACUAUCUUCACCAGGAUCCUGGAUGGACUUUUGGAUGGAUACGACAACAGGUUGCGACCUGGGCUCGGAGAGAGAAUAACUCAGGAAUACACCAUCGACGUGUUUUUCCGCCAAAGCUGGAAAGAUGAGAGGCUUAGGUUUAAAGGCCCCAUGCAGCGCCUUCCUCUCAACAACCUCCUCGCCAGCAAGAUUUGGACUCCAGACACAUUCUUCCACAAUGGAAAGAAGUCCAUCGCUCACAAUAUGACCACUCCCAACAAACUUCUGCGCCUGGAGGAUGACGGGACCCUGCUAUACACCAUGAGGCUGACCAUCUCUGCUGAAUGUCCCAUGCAACUAGAAGACUUUCCCAUGGAUGCACAUGCUUGCCCUCUGAAAUUCGGAAGUUAUGCUUACCCCAAUUCAGAAGUAAUCUACAUCUGGACCAACGGCACUGCUAAAUCAGUAGUGGUAGCAGAAGAUGGCUCCCGUCUAAACCAGUAUCAUCUCAUGGGACAAACUGUGGGAACUGAAAAUAUCAGCACCAGUACCGGUGAAUACACGAUAAUGACAGCACACUUCCACCUAAAGAGAAAAAUUGGUUACUUUGUAAUUCAAACAUACCUUCCCUGCAUAAUGACCGUGAUCUUAUCACAAGUGUCAUUUUGGUUAAACAGAGAAUCUGUUCCUGCUAGAACUGUAUUUGGAGUAACAACAGUGCUGACCAUGACAACCUUGAGCAUCAGUGCUCGCAACUCUCUGCCCAAAGUAGCCUAUGCCACGGCCAUGGACUGGUUCAUAGCUGUAUGCUAUGCCUUUGUAUUCUCCGCUCUAAUUGAAUUUGCGACAGUGAACUAUUUCACAAAGAGAAGUUGGGCCUGGGAUGGUAAGAAAGCCCUGGAAGCCGCUAAAAUAAAGAAAAAAGAGCGUGAUUUAUUAGGAAAUAAAUCAGUCAAUGCAUUCAGUGCUGGAAAGUUGACCCAUCCCCCCAACAUCCCCAAAGACGUGACCCCCUCAGGCCCAGGGAACCCCGCUGCUGCCACUCCAGCGAAACCUUCCGAAGAGAAGCCUCCUGAGACCAAAAAGACUUACAACAGCAUCAGCAAGAUCGACAAAAUGUCCCGAAUCAUCUUCCCGGUUCUAUUUGGAACUUUCAACUUGGUCUACUGGGCGACCUAUUUGAAUAGGGAACCAGUCAUUAAGGGAGCUAGCUCUCCGAAAUAAACUGAAGGAGUCCCAGACCCUCAGCGAGCCAUAUUUCAAGCAAAAUGACACCAAGGAGAAUCUGAGCCCUACAGGACUUUCUCUAUCUGGGCAAUACCUUUCAGGAAUUUUUGCAUGUUUAAUGAGAUGUCUCAAUAUAUUGCCUUGAUUGUUUCUAUCUGUAACCUCAAAUGUUUCAAAGAAGUUACAUUAAUAAUUAGAGCAAGAAAACUUUGUAGAAGAACAGAAAGCACUGUCUCCAGCACUAUGCUACUCAGUCUCUCACAGUGAUACUUUACAAACGAAAUGCGUUAUAUUUUUUAACUACUCAAAGAACCGAUGCUUUUAUACUUCAAUGUUGAUUCCUACUAAUUUUCCCAGCCAGAGAACGAUUUUAAGAAAAUGUGCCAUUAUCAUCACCUGACAAAAUAUUGCAAGUAACGAAGACUGCAAAGUAACAUAAUUGUCAUUUAGAGAAGACCAUGGUUUUUCACUUAUAAAAUACAUUGCCUUGGAUAAUUCUCACAGUUUGUUCUAAAAUUAGGAAAGGACUGCAUGGUAUUUAUGUUAAGACAUAGGAUAGAAACUAUUUAUGCAGACAAAUGUCUAAACCAGCAAUAUACAUUACGUUCAAGUAAGGAAAUACUCCCCCAAGGAUAAAACGUAAUAAUGGGUUCCAAUCCUCCUGGAAAGAUACAUUCAUUGCCCCAAUUUCCAGGAAGGAGCAGAAAGAAGCCUAAACCUUGAGAUAACAUUUCACUGACAUUGGUAUUCCAGCCCAGGCUGUACAGAUUUCCAAAGUGUUUGCCAUCUCUUUGCUGCAGCCCAUGUCUUUUGCUUCGGGGGUGAGAAAUAUUUGUAAUAUAGUUAUUUUCCCUUUUUUUCCUUGUAAGCUAUGAUUGAUUCAUUGCUUGGGUCGCUUUUGUAAAUGAAUCUUAAAUGUUUCAAUAAAAAAAUGUUCAA